AUGGCAUCCAUUCAGUGCCGCUGCGGCACUGUGGUCAUCAGACUGGCCAGGGCCUUGCCAAAGUGUGCGUGGGAGUGCUGCUGCGUGGACUGCUACCAAAAGAAUAUGUGGUCCUGUGAGGCAGGUGGUGUGGAGUAUCCCCUUGGAUACGGGGUGCACGGCACCGGCCUUCCAAUGCACCUCGUGUACUUCGACAACAAGCUCGAUGUGCAAAAGGGCAGAGAGAAGAUCGCCUUCAAUCGACUUCGCGAGGAUGCUUGCUCGACCAACAUGAUCGCCUCCUGCUGCAAGGCGCUGCUUUGUGUCGAGCAUCCUGGCUACGUGGGGCAGUCGGUGCUCCUGUUCCCAGACUUCUGCAACAUCUUGGGAGUUCCGCCCCUCCUCCCACCGGCCUGCCGAAUCUUCAUCAAGGACUGGCCUGCAGAUGCCUAUGCCAAGCUGCCCCCGAAGCCGGGUAUCUGGUGGGAAGAUGGCAAAAUGCACGGCAGCGAGGAAGACAGGGCCGUUGCGUCCAAAAGCGUCGAAGGCAUGCUACAGGCCAUGCCCCCCAGAGCCAUCGGUGAGACCUUUCAGCAACUCCUCGAGGCCGUGGGCGGAAAGGUCGAAACUCUCGGCUUGCCCGAAGGCCCCAACAGCAGGACAGACAUGCCAGGACGUGGCAGCACGCUGUCCGGCGAGGCCGUUGAGAAGAUAUCACCCGACAUGCUUGAACUUCGGCCCGCCCUUUGCCAGCCUCAUCUAAGCAGUAAGAAAGCAGUUGACGUCUUCGUGGUGACCUCCACCGCUGUAGACGAGCCGGAACUCAAGACCUUGGUUGGCGAGUACGUAGAGACAGGUGGACGUAAUCACGGCAAACCCGUGUUUUGCCGCCGACCGCCUUCAGAAGAGGAUGAGGAGAUCUAUCUCUAUUUCUGGGACUCGCGCGAUGGCCCAGACUUUGCUGGCUGGUGGCUUGGGCAGUCGGUGGGUGCCUCUCUCGUGUGGAGCCGCUGCGAAGCGGACGAGAUGCUCCCUCCGAGCAGGGGCUGGCGCAUCCCCUGGGAUGGCACCAUCAACGAACACCUUGAGGUGACUCGUCGUGCGGCCCGGACUGCCACCAAAGAAGAGGUGAAGGAGGAAGAGGAGCUGGAGCAAGCCCCGUCCGAGGAGCAGCAGGAGCAACUCCUUGUGGCCAGGGAUCAGGUGGCUUUGGUGGAAGCCGAGGCCACAGAGGUCCUGGAAACUGCUACUGCCAUGCUUGAAGGCGAAGUGCCUGCAGAUGUGGCCAAGACUGUCGUAGAGUCGGUGCAAGCUCAGCUGGAUUCACUGCUGGAGGUGCAUCAGUCCUUGGCUGCAGACAUCGUGGAUGCCAGGCGGCAUUCCCGAGAGAUCCUCCCGGAGCUCUCGAAGCUCACACCUCGCAUGCGCUCUGUGCAGAGUAGCCUGGCGCAGGUCUUGGGCCAAGCCAAAGUCCUCGUCUUGCAGCAGCCGAAGUUGGAGCCCACGAGCCCCGAGGAAGAUGAGCAAGCGAUGCAACUCCGGGUCGACUUGUCGAAAGCUACGAGGGCCCUCGAAAAUGCUGAGGAGAAGCUGCAGUCCCUGCUGACUGCAGAGAAGGCCGGAACGGAGAAUGCUCCGGAGCUAGCAGCGGAGGCCGAUCACGCGAUGAAAUCCGCCAGGUCGCUGACUGCCAGGCAAGUCGCAGCAGCAAGGAAGUUUGCUCCUGGCAUCCGGACGAGUGCUGCGGCCGAGUAUUCCAAGCUGCAGAAGAAGCUUCAGCGCCUUGAGGCUGAGCUCAAGCCGCACCUGGCACCGAAACCUCCUCCCAUCGACCCUGCGGCACUGGCAGAGCUCGCAGGACAGCUGGAGCAGGUAGAGACGGGCAUCCAGGAGGCCAACAGCGCUUUAGAUGGCGGUGACUUUGCUCCCGAAGUGUUGAAGAACUUGGAGAACGACCUCCUUGCCCAGCUCCGCAGUCUUGCAGCGAUCAAGAAGUCGCAGGAUGCCUUGUGCAAGCCGGGCGCCCGCGCACCCAAAGAGGUCGCAGAUCUUCGCUCCCGGACUGUGGCCUGCAAGACAGGCCUGGACGCUGUGGGCACCCGCUUGCGUGACGUGCGGGAGGACGUCCGGUGUCACAAGAUGAUGCGUACAGCCGUCGAGCGAGUGGAGUCUGCAGAGGAGCAACUUGAGGUGGCAUCCAGCAGCCGCGUGACCUUUGAGGCGAGCAUGUUUGCGAUGACUGCAGAAGAAGCAUCGGAAGCUGGAGCAAGGUGCCGCAAGGAGGCUGACAAGUGCAAGACCAAGGUACAGCAAGCUGCCUCAUUCCUGCGUGCUCGCCUUGGUGGCAUGGACCAGGUCCCGGAGAAGAGCCGGGAAGCCACUGGAAAAGAGCUGAAGCAGCUGGUAGUCAGACUCCAACUGGUGCCGGAAAAGUUGGAGACCAUCCUACGGGAACUCGGCCAGAGCGAAGCCUGGAUUCUCCUGCAAGACACCAAUGCUCCGGUCGCUGAAGUGGAGCUCUUGGUUCAGAAAGCAUUGGAUGCUAGCGCUCCGCUCGUCGCGGCCUAUGAGGAUGGUAAAGCUGAGCCAGAGGGCUUGCGAGAGGCCACACAGCAGAUGUUGGAUACGGAGAAGGAGGCAGCUCUCUCCAUGGCUGCUGCGAGGCGCCUGGUCGCCUCCAAGGAGCGCGAUGCAUUGCAGCGCCAGAAGGAGAUCCCCGCCUUCGCCAAGGGCCUGCGGGAGCUGCAGGAAAGACUCCAGCGGGCACAGCAGAAACUGUCCGAGCAGCGCACCCGUGCGCUGCAGGGCGAGAGGCUUUGGCAAGCGCAACUUGUCCUGGAGCAGCUCGUGGAGAGAAUGCAGCCGGUGGAAGCCGAAGUGGAGCAGGUCGAGCUGCUUUGCACACCCUUAGGGGAUGAGGGCAUCCCGAGCGAGGAGCAGCAAGCAGAUGCCGAGGCUGCCAUCAGCGCUGCUGAGCAGUCAGUGCGCGAUGUCGAGGAAGCCUUGACUUUCGCAAGGGGUCAGCAAGGGGGCGCGGCCUCGAACCCGGAGGCGGAGGAAGCGCUGCUACAGCUAGAGGUUCGCAUCCAGAACUGUCGAGGCCGCCUCUUCGAUGUGCGAUGCAACUCGCCGCUGGUGGCCAAGUCGGAGGCGCCUCCGGUCGCGAAGCGCCGCCGCACGUAA